AUGGAAGUGCUUUCCUCGACUAUAACGUCUAUAGCGACUUCAUCGAUGGUACCACUAGAGAGGUCCUCCGUACUAUGGGUGCUAAUCGUUGGCAUCGUGAUGGCGUUUCUUCUCGGGGCAGGUCUUGGUGCUAACGAUGUGUCAAACACAUUCGGAACAUCUGUUGGAAGUGGUGUCGUCACUAUAAUACAGGCUUAUAUCCUGGCGUCUAUAUUCAUCUCUCUUGGAGCAGUGCUUGUAGGUUGGUCGGUUACGGAUACCAUGCGGAAAGGAGUGGUGGACGUGACUGAGUACUUCGGCAACCCACGCGAACUGAUGCUCGGUCAGGUGGCAUUACUUGGAGGUACAGCUGGAUGGUUGGCUAUCACAACUGCUCUCAGAAUGCCGGUGUCAACUACACAUGCUAUGGUUGGGUCUACACUAGGUUUCUCGUUGGUCUUACGUGGCACGGAAGGCGUGAACUGGGAUGAGAUCUACCGAAUCAUUGCCUCUUGGUUCCUUUCCCCCGCGCUUUCGGGACUUAUCUCCGGUGUCCUGUACUUGAUUGUCGACAUUGCUGUACUCAGACGGAAUCAUCCGUUCGAGUGUGGUCUCCGCGCACUUCCAGCAUUCUAUUUUUUCGUGAUUUCAUUCAAUGUUCUAAUGGUCACAUGGGACGGAUCAAAACUCCUCCACUUUGACCGUAUUCCUUUUUGGGGAGCGGCGUUGAUAUCAAUUGGUAUCGGAUCGAUAGUCGCACUUAUUGUACAGUUUCUGGUGAAACCAAGACUUUGGCGAAAAAUUCAAGGUAUGAAUCCAAGGUAUGAAGAAAAUGUGAAGAGGGAUUGGCUGCUUUCAUAG